UCAUUUAACAAUUGAAGAACAAAAAAAUCAAAAAAACAAACCCUAAACCCAACAUACACUAACCCAUUCGUUUUCUAACACUUGAAAACAAAAAUAUCAUAAACUUUGUUAAUCAUAUAAGGUUCAUUAUUAAUGAAGGGUGGGGUUAAACUAUGGGCACUGUGCCUAUGUCUGGCGAUGACGACCGUCGUGAUGGUCCAAGCGGAGGAUCCUUACUUUCACCACGUGUGGAACGUGACGUACGGAACCGCAUCUCCUCUCGGUGUUCCACAACAAGUCAUUCUCAUCAACGGUCAAUUCCCUGGUCCUAACCUCAACUCAACUUCUAACAACAACAUCAUCGUUAAUGUCUUCAACAACCUAGACGAGCCUUUCCUCCUUACUUGGAAUGGAAUCCAGCAUAGGAAGAACUCAUGGCAAGCAGGGACUGCCGGAACAAUGUGUCCCAUCCCACCGGGUACUAACUUCACAUAUCAUUUCCAGCCAAAGGAUCAGAUCGGUAGCUACUUCUACUACCCUACCACGGCAAUGCAUCGUGCCGCGGGUGCCUUUGGUGGCCUCCGUGUGAACAGCCGUCUUCUUAUCCCGGUCCCAUAUGCUGACCCUGAAGAUGACUACACUGUCCUUAUCAACGAUUGGUACACCGAAAGCCACACUCAGCUCAAGAAUUUCCUAGACAGUGGCCGUACUAUUGGCCGUCCAGACGGCAUUCUCAUCAAUGGUAAGGCAGGAAAAGGCGACGGCUCUGACCAGCCUCUUUUCACACUGAAGCAAGGGAAAACCUACAGAAUUCGGAUUUGUAACGUGGGUCUCAAGGCAUCUCUCAACUUUAGGAUUCAGAACCACAAGAUGAAGCUUGUUGAGAUGGAAGGCUCACACGUUCUCCAAAAUGAUUAUGACUCACUUGACGUUCACGUUGGUCAAUGCUUUGGCGUGAUCCUUACGGCCAACCAAGAACCUAAAGAUUACUACAUCGUAGCUUCCACAAGGUUCUUGAAAAACGCUUUGACUACCACAGGGCUUCUCCGCUACGAGGGAGGCAAAGGUCUUGCCUCUUCUCAGCUACCAGCGGCUCCCGUUGGCUGGGCUUGGUCUUUGAACCAGUUCCGCUCUUUCAGGUGGAACUUGACAGCCAGCGCAGCUAGACCUAACCCACAAGGCUCUUACCAUUACGGAAAGAUUAACAUCACUCGCACCAUUAAGCUUGUGAACACUCAGGGCAAGGUCGACAGCAAGCUCAGAUACGCUUUGAACGGAGUCUCGCACAUAGACCUCGAGACCCCCUUGAAGCUCGCUGAGUACUUUGGUGUUACCGAUAAAGUUUUCAAGUACGACAGCAUUUCCGACAACCCUACCUCGGAUCAGAUCAAGAACAUAAAGAUAGAACCCAAUGUUCUCAACAUCACUCACCGCAACUUCAUCGAAGUCGUAUUCGAGAACCACGAGAGGAGUGUCCAGUCUUGGCAUUUGGAUGGCUACUCCUUCUUCGCUGUAGCGGUUGAGCCAGGAACAUGGACACCAGAGAAGAGGAAGAACUACAACCUUCUAGACGCAGUGAGCAGACACACAAUCCAAGUCUACCCCAAGUGUUGGGCUGCAAUAUUGCUCACAUUCGAUAAUUGUGGGAUGUGGAACAUUAGGUCGGAGAAUUCUGAGAGACGGUACUUGGGACAGCAACUCUACGCAAGCGUCUUGUCGCCGGAAAAAUCCCUCCGGGACGAAUACAACAUGCCGGAGUCAAGUCUCCAAUGUGGUCUGGUCAAGGACAAACCUAAGAUCAACCCCUAUGCUGGAGCCUAAUUUUUUUCUUUAAUUAAUACUUUUAUUUAACAAACAAAAAGAGUUUGGCUUUUCUGUUGUUGAAGUCAGUUUCGAACCCGAACGGAUUAACUUUUUUAAAAAAUGUUUUUGGGGUCUUUUAAUUAUUAAUUCAAGUUAUUAAUCUGACUCAAACAUAUGCUAUUCAUAUAUAUACAAUAAUGUAUGUAUGUUUAUCCCUUCAGUUUGUCGUGGUCUUCUUCUAUACACGAUGAAUUAAUUAGACUUUGACAAUUAAAUUAAUUUAUUUUGGCGUUUUCUAUUUGUUUUUUCAAUUUAAUCGUAUUCAACUUAAGCUUAUUAAUUAACUAAUGAAAUGAGCAUAAAAUGAUAUAUGUUUUUUUUUAUCAUAAAAAAAUGAUAUAUGUUUUGGUACCUAGCUGAUGAUAAGUAUAUUAUUUGAUAAUACAUUACCGCAAUGUUUUUCUUUUCUUCACCAAAGUAACUACUAAUAUUGAGUUCAUUAAAAUUUACGUUAUAAUCAAAGGAAAUUUAAAAUGUGCUUAUAUUUUUGUCAAAAAUAUGCUUAUAUAUAUAAUUAUCGCAAUUAUACUAGUACUUGAUAGAUAAAAUUUGUCACUUCAGUACAAGAUAGGGUGAUCACAUAACAGAUAAAAAAAAUAACGUGAAAAUAAUGUUUUGUACUGAAAAUCACUAUAAAAAAAUUUACAAGUUUUUUUGGUAAUAAUUAUUUACAAGUUUGUAAUAGUGAUAUAUCUAUAUAUAUAUAUAUAUAUAUAUAUAUAUAAUUAUGUUUUGUAGUAAGUGAAUGAUCACGUUAGGACAGGCCACGUAGUAUCGAACUAUCGAUAUCGGGCCGGAAUCAAUAGGGCUGUCACUAGGCCUAGAGUAUCAUCACAAAAUAUCAUAAUCACCGCACAAUAUUCAAUCAUAUACAGAAGUUGCAUGGGAUCGUCGUGUAUGAAAAAUAAAUGGAUUGAAAUACAAUAGCGUGAUCCGGAUUGUAAAAAGAAAACAUCAAAUAAUUUGUCGGGAAAUUAUAUAUAUAUAUGUGAAAAUAGCCAAAUAGAUUAGGGACAUUGAUAUCACAGGCUUGAGAGUGGAGCUGACAAGGAUCUUGACGUGAACGUGCAUGUGCAGCACAGGUGAAGUGAAACGGUAAAAAAAGAUUUUUUUGAUUUCUUAUUUACUAUUUCCACUGCUCUAUUUGAUCUUCAAGUUCAACCAUGAAUAUAUACAUAACUAGCCUGUAUAGCUAAUGUAAUGGUUAGGGAUGGUUUGUUGAUCAGAAAGAAAUUAAACUAUUAUUAUCUUCUAAAAUGCAUAAAAUCUAAUUGUUAAGUCUAAAAUAAACUGUAAUUAAUUAGGAACAGAAAGAAUGUUCGUACGAGUUAUAUUAAUUAUAGAAAUGGCAGUGGAGAUUAGGAAGGAAAUGUCUCAUUCCAAUAUGUCCCAUCCAACGUGGCAGCGAAAGAAACACAAAAUAAAUAAUUUGAUAAACUGAAAGAAAAAUAUCAAAGUGAGAAAAAGGCAAAAGUGUCAGCCUUUCGUCCAAUCUUUUGGGUUAAACUUCCUGCCUUCUCCCCUCCCUCAUUUAUUUCAUUGCGUGCUUCUUCUCAUUUCUUAUUUAUUUUUAUUUAUUUAUUUGUUUAUUUAUUUAUUUUUACAUUACUUUCAAUUGAAGUAUUAUUGUUUGAUUAAUCAAUAGUCUUUUUAUUUUGGGUUAAUCAUAGUGUUAGUGUAAAAGCAUCUUUAGUGAGAAUUCUAAGCGAAAAUUUCUCAAAUGUAUGUCUAGAAUUCUAUUAUGGGUAUCCCAAAUCCAUUAAGAAUCUCAAAUCCAUGAAGUUUUUUAGUUCAAUAUUUGAGAUUUGGAAUUUUGAAAUGGGGUCUUAUGGAUUUUGGAUACAAAAAGCAUUAUUUUAUUAUUUAUAUACUUUAUUGUUUUUUUUUAAGAAACUUUGUGAAAACUUAUUAAUUUUUUUAUUAAUAAUGCUCUGAGUAAUACUAUGAACUUUGAUAUUUUCUGGUUAUUCCUAUAUUGUAAAGCUGGUAUAUAUAUAUCUCUGUGUUGGUGUUAUCUCGUACAGCGUACUUAUUUAUGGUCGGAUUUAUAGAAAGCAGAAGAAGUUUCAGUCACUAGAACUUCAAAUACCAUCUAAAAAUCUUUUUUAAGAAAUUGAAAUUCUGAUAUUUUAAUAAUUUUCUGGCGGGUAAAAUAGUCGAAUAUAUAUUAAACAAAUACUAUCUAUUGAUGAGAUCAAAUUGAUUUACGUGGAUGAUUGAAUGUAAUGU